AUGGCGACAAACAAGGAGAUUGAUGUCCCUUCAGUGGGAGAACAGUCUAGUUCUCCCUCUGAGCAUGGUAGCGUCAAAUCCCCGAGCAAGACGGAAACCAGCAUUGUUGAAACAUCAGCACGGCCUACAGCUCCCCCGCUCUCCACGACUGAGCCCAAGCGAAUGGAGCUGGGCGAUGUUGUCCUGCGGUUCUUGGGAAUUCGAAAAGGUCCUAGACACGAGAAAUACAAUCCCGAUGCAAUUGCCACUCAACCUAGUAUCUGGGAUUCCGAAAAGAUCGAAGAGCUCAAAGAGCUAUACAUUCACCCGAAGUGGGAGAAUUGGCCGGCAUUCGAUCCAAAUUUCCGCUGGACUUGGAAGGAGGAGACCGCAGUCCGGCACAAGGUUGACUGGAAAAUCAUGGUCUGGGCCUGCGUAAUGUUUACGGCCCUCAAUAUCGACCGAGGCAACAUUAAGAACGCCGUAUCCGAUAACAUGCUCGAUGAUCUAGGACUCACCAAAGCGGAUUAUAAUGUUGGACAAACUAUUUCUCGAGUUGGGUUUCUGGUUGCUGAGCUCCCCUCUCAGCUGAUAUCGAAACGUGCCACAUUCCAAGGAGGUUUCAUCCCGGAUACAAUUUUGUACCUUAGUUACUGGUAUACAGGGACUGCACUCCCCAUUCGACUAGCUUGGUUUUGGAUGUCCUCGCAAAUUGCCGAUAUCUGUGUUGGGUUUGCCGCCGUGGGUCUGGUUUCUAUGCGUGGCAUACUCGGCUACGAAGGAUGGCGAUGGUUGUUUUUGAUUGAGGGCGCAUUUACCUUCCUGAUUGGCGUUCUUUCUUUCUUUCUCAUGCCACAAUGUCCCACUAGGACUAAAAGCUGGUGGAAUCCCAAAGGAUACUUCACCGAGAAGGAGCAGAAAAUCAUUGUAAAUUCUGUUAUUCGAGAUGAUCCCCAGAAAGGAGGGAUGUACAACCGGCAAGGUCUAUCCGUUAGGCAGAUUUGGGAAUGUGCCAAAGACUACGACAUGUGGCCCUUGUAUGCUCUAGGGUUGCUAUUUGGGUUGCCCAAGUACCCCGUGGACCAGUAUCUCACCCUGUCGUUCCGCAGUUUGGGCUUCAACGUUAUUCACACCAACUUGCUCUCGAUUCCAUACAUUGUCGGGUCCAGCAUCACGAUGUUACUCAUCACGGCUCUCAGUGAGCUUGUCAACAACAGAAGCUUUGUGGCAAUGGCGGAAGAUGCAUGGCUCCUGCCGUGCUUUAUAGCCUUGAUCGCCCUCCCGGAUCCUAUCAGUGCCUGGGCCUAUUUUGCCAUUUCGACCGUUCUUCUGUCAUUCCCAUACACUCACCCAAUUCAAGUUGCAUGGACAAGUAGAAACGCCGGAUCUGUACAAAAUAGAACGGUUUCCGCAUCGCUGUAUAACAUGUGGGUUCAAGUUAGUGGAAUGAUUGGCGCAAAUAUUUAUCAAUCAAGCGACUCUCCACGGUACUACAAGGCUAACAAAGGCCUGUUGGUGAUUUGCAUCUACCUCUGUUUCAUUCAAUACCCUGGCACAUAUUUCUACUACCGUUGGAGAAACAAUCAAAAGGCGAAGAAGUGGGAUGCGAUGACUCCAGAUGAGCAACAUGAGUACAGAACUACCACGACGGAUGUGGGAAACAAGCGGCUCGACUUUCGAUUUGCAACCUAA